UGGAGGAUAUCACUAACCGUUGGUGGAAGACAGCCUCCUACCGCGACAGCCCUCGUUCUGGACGCCCUCAGAUCAUGCGUUCUGGUGGUGGGAGUAUCUUCGUGUUUGGUGGAAUGUGUUGGUGGUGGGCCACAAAACUCGCUCGUUCGCAGGUCCCAAUGGUCGACCAGUUCGUGAUGCGUGACUUCGUUGAAGACUUUCUACUUCCCAAGCUUCAGGAGUUUAGGGAAGCUGACAUCAAUCUCACAAUCUAA